CCGCCACGUGGGUGUUUACGCAUUUUCGCGGGAAUUUGGCGGAAGAGUCAAAGGUCCGCGGAGCAUGCGCAGUGAGCCAGAGAACCGCAUGUAGUGUGUGCGCGGUGAAGAAAGGCCGAAGGGAAGGAUGAUAUCGACAAAGCUGCCGUUCCUGGCUCGGCUGGGGAUCUACCGCAUCUCCUCCGAGAAGCAGGAGACGAUGCUGAAACUCCUCGCGCUCUCCACAGCCGCCAUUCUCUCCUUCUCCACGCGGCUGUUUGCCGUCCUGAGAUUCGAGAGCGUCAUUCACGAGUUCGAUCCUUACUUCAACUUCAGGACCACCAAGUACCUGACAGCAGAGGGUUUCUAUAGCUUCCAUAACUGGUUUGACGAUCGAGCAUGGUACCCCCUGGGAAGGAUCAUCGGAGGAACCAUAUACCCCGGUUUGAUGAUGACAUCGGCCUUUCUGUACCACGUGAUGCAUCUGGUGAACAUCACGAUCGACAUCCGCCACGUGUGUGUGUUUCUUGCUCCCCUCUUCUCCUCCCUCACCGUUCUGGUCACCUACCACCUCACCAAGGAGCUGAAAGACGCCAGUGCUGGACUGGUAGCUGCCGCCAUGAUCGCCAUUGUACCUGGCUACAUCUCUAGGUCCGUGGCUGGUUCCUAUGACAACGAGGGUAUCGCCAUAUUCUGCAUGUUGUUGACCUAUGCCCUUUGGAUCAAGAGUGUUAAGACUGGCUCAGUGUUCUGGUCCACUCUCUGCUCCAUCGCCUACUUCUACAUGGUGUCGUCAUGGGGAGGCUACGUGUUUCUCAUUAACCUCAUCCCGAUGCACAUCCUCGCUCUAAUGAUCACCGGACGAUUCUCUCAUCGCAUCUACGUCGCCUACUGCUCCGUGUACUGUCUUGGGACUAUACUGUCGAUGCAGAUAUCGUUUGUUGGAUUCCAGCCUGUCCAGUCCAGUGAACACAUGGCGGCGUUCGGGGUGUUUGGUCUGUGUCAGAUAUACGCCUUCGUCGACUACAUUCGUUCCAAACUCACCAAGGAACAGUUUGACCUCCUGUUCAGGACACUAGCCAUCAUCGUCGGGGCAACCUCCGUGACAGUCUUCAGCGUCCUCACUCUCCUCGGCAAAAUUUCCCCCUGGACUGGGAGGUUUUACUCUCUGCUGGACCCCUCAUAUGCCAAGAACAACAUCCCCAUCAUUGCCUCGGUCAGCGAGCACCAGCCCACCUCCUGGUCCUCGUUCUACUUCGACCUUCAGCUUCACGUCUUCAUGUUCCCCGUGGGGCUCUAUUUCUGCUUCUCAAAGCUGACAGACCAGAAUAUUUUUAUCAUUCUUUACGGCGUAACUUCUAUCUACUUUGCCGGUGUGAUGGUUCGUCUGAUGUUGGUCCUAGCUCCGGUCAUGUGCAUCCUCUCUGGCAUAGCAGUCUCCUCAAUCCUGUCGACCUACAUGAGAAAUCUCGACCUCUUUGACGAAGCUCGGACAAAGAAGGCCAAGAAGGUGGACCCGAGCUACCCGGUGAAGAGCGAGAUUGCCGGGGCCAUUGUGUUGCUAAUGACAUUCCUCCUGGUGACCUACACGUUCCACUGCACCUGGGUCACCAGUGAGGCCUACUCUUCUCCCUCCAUCGUCCUCGCUGCCUCACAACACGACGGAUCUCGAAUCAUCUUUGACGACUUCAGGGAAGCAUAUUACUGGCUGAGACAGAACACGGCUGAAGAUGCGAAGGUAAUGUCUUGGUGGGACUAUGGCUACCAGAUCACCGCCAUGGCAAACAGGACCAUUCUCGUUGACAAUAACACCUGGAACAACACCCAUAUCUCCCGCGUCGGACAGGCGAUGUCAUCUCCAGAGGACAAGGCCUACGAGAUAAUGAGGGAGUUGGACGUAAACUAUGUCCUAGUCAUCUUUGGAGGCCUCACCGGAUACGCUUCUGACGACAUCAACAAGUUCCUGUGGAUGGUGAGGAUAGGGGGAAGCACAGAGAAGGGCAGCCAUAUCAAGGAGGCCGACUAUUUCACUCCCAAAGGAGAGUUCAGAGUGGACAAAGAAGGCUCCCCUGUCCUCCUCAACUGCCUCAUGUACAAGAUGUGCUACUACCGCUUCGGAGAGGUCUACACUGAGCAAGGUAAGCCCAGUGGGUAUGACAGGGUCAGAAAUGCUGAGAUAGGAAACAAGGAUUUCCAACUGGAUGUCUUGGAGGAGGCCUACACCACUGAACAUUGGAUCGUUCGAAUCUACAGAGUCAAAGACCUCGAGAACAGGGGUGUCUAGUGGGCGGGGCCUGUUGCUAGGAGACUGAAUUGUAAUGUGGUGCCCAUGCCGUUCCAUGAAUCACAGAUUUUGUACAUUUUGUCAUGAAUUAAUAUGAAAUAGUUGUAAAUUGACAGCUAAAGUUGGGCAACUUUGCUGUAACAAUAGUGCAUUUCCAGAUUGUUAGUCCUGUUUCAUCGACUUGGCUUCUUUUGGGUGGUUUUCGUUUCCCGUGGCAACCUCUCCUCCCUUCCUCCCCUCCCCAACUGCCUUGGAAGAUUGGCGACUACUUCGUCCAGGAGGUAAGAAGACGGUGAUAAUCACACACGUCACGAGGGGAACGAAAUACAAUGUCCUCCAGUAAAUAAAGACGUCCUGGAGCCAGUGGAGUUGGACGGCCAAAGAGCCAAAGUUGGCGAAGAUGUGAGAGAGAAACCAGGUUACGAGGUGGUAGGUCCACCUCAGGGCCCAGCCAUUACUGGUGAAGAAGGGGUUAAGUAGCCGCCACAUUUUCUUGGCAGUUUCGUUGAGGAAGCCGAGGUAGAUGAGACCGAGGUAGUAACUGGGGUAGAACCCGUGCCAGAACGCCGAGAGAAGGAAUGUCAGGUGGGCCCGUUGCCAUGUGAUACGGUCGUAGGACACUCUUAGUGGGAGAGAGUUUGCAUGUGUGGAAACAAAGGGAAGGUGACGCAAUUGUUAUAUGACAGCUGCCAAAGCUGCAAAACAGAAUUAACCUGUACGUAUCUCGCCUCACUUAUUCCUGUCUUCCUUAUCUUUGUCUCAUGUUCGUAUCUCGCCCAAUCUCACCUACCUUCGAAGCCAUCUGGCUGUCGUGAUAUUCCAUUCAUUGGCUAUAAUUCUAGGAUUCAUCGCAAAUUCAAAUCUCAGGAAGUCGAGGUUUGUUGUUAGGUCCCAGACUGCGUUGCCGUGGGCGUCGUACCCGCUGAACCCCAGACCAGCUGCGUUGUUGACGCAAUCAGAGAGGGUCCAGAUGAAAUGGAACCCCAACUUGAGCCUCAUUCCUACCACUAGGACCAUCAGUAGACGAUAGGGCAUGUUGAACGACUCAUCUAAAAGAGUGCGGUGAGGGUAGUUGCCAAGAUAG